GCGCCAGCAGAAUAUUAGCUUGAUGCAGCACCUCCUACAUCUUUCCAAUACUCUUUCACCGCAUCUUUUCCUUUCCAUUCUGAUCCAUGCCUUUUCCUUUCUCUUUCUCUUUCUCUACUUCCUCAAAAAGAAAAGAAAAGUCCCCACAAGUCUCAGUGUCACACCAUUUCGUUCUCUCUUUCUCUUCCUCCCUUUAGAGCUGCUGCAGAAGCCAAAAACGCAAUGCUUUCCCCUUUCUUCUUCUUCUUAUUCUCCUGCUGCUGCUGCUUCUUCUUGUUUAUGUCAUGCGAAACGCUUCACAUUCCUAGCCGUAGGAUCCUCCAUCAACCUUUCUUUCCAGUAGAUUCUAUCGCUCCUUCUCCUUCCCCUCCGGCUCCCAAAUAUCCUUUCUCUUCUUCCACUUCUACCCCUCCCGAUUCCCCCUUCUUCCCUACAUUCCCUUCUGCUCUCCCAUCUCCCUCUCCUUCCACUUUCUCUUCUUUCCCCGCCAAUGUUUCCUCCCUUCUCCUCCCUCUCACUCCCUCUCCGAACCAUAAUUCCCAAAAACUCCUUAUCCUUGCUAUCGCCGCCGUCAUUUCCGCCUCCAUUGUCGCCGGAAUUCUCGUUUUUUUCUACUGCAGACGCUGUAGGCAAAAACGUAAUUUCCUUGACGAUAACAAGACCUUGACAUCUGACAAUAGCAGCAGAUUAUACCCCAAUAACAUUGUUGAUGCUCGUAAGCUGAGAACAACUUCCACGACCAGUUCCGAAUUUCUUUACUUGGGCACUGUGGUAAAUUCACGAGGCCGAAUCGACGAUGCUUCCAAUAAUUCGAGAGGCCAUGCCCGGUUGGAUCCGAGAAAAAUGGGCUCCCCGGAGCUCCAGCAGUUUCCGCCUCUGUCUGGACAGAACACUGGUCGGGACUUUCGAGACGUUGAAGUAGAUUCGGUUGCAGAAGAAGAAGAAGAGUUUUAUUCGCCGAGAGCAUCGUCGGGCGGUCGAGAGAGUUCGGGUGCAACGGGAUCCGGAUCAAGAAGAGUAUUUACGGCGAUUGCUGUUAAAAGCAUUGAGUCUAGUAGUACUUGUUCGUGUUCACCUUCGAGUUCGAGUUUACCCGCCAGGUCUCAGUCUCUUAGUAUUUCUGUGCCGUUUAGUUUGAGUCCGGGAAGAUCCGACUCAAAAUCUCUGGAACUCGUGCAAGUUCAACCUUCUUUGUCUCCGGACACGAUUAUAGCUGAUUCGCUAAUAGUUUUGAAUGCUUCCAAUGGAAAUGUACAAUCUCCGUUGCUGUCCAUGCCCUCUACAUCACCAGACCGAGUGCUUUUAAAAGAAUCAGAUGUUCGAAGCGUGCAAUACCCUUUAUUUUCUCCGAUGUUAGUCGAGAACCGAGAUUCUUCUGUUGUUCCGGGUCGAAAUAUGGGGUCACCUUCGCUGUUUUUGGCCUCUACUUCGCCAAAUAGACUGUUGAUAGAGAAGCUAGAUGCUUCUAUUAGAAAUUUUAAUGAUUUGGUUCAAAAUAUGAGGACCCCUUUGAUCGUAUCUUCAGCUGCUACUAGUUCACCAGCAAAAGAAUCUUCGAUUAAUGAUAUGGAUCGAAUUGCCAGGUCUCCUUCAUUGUCAUCAGCCUCUAUAUCCCCAGACAGAACUUUGAAUGAGAGUGAGCUGUCUCCUUUGCUAUCCUCGGCUUCAUUUUCACCGGACAGAGCUUUCGAGAAAUGCCCAGACAUGUCUCCGUUGAUGGUUGGUGUUUCGGAUUACGAUAAGGGUUCUUCUUUGUCGUCUACAGCUUCUUCAUCACCAGGAGGAGAUUUGGAGAAAAGUCCUGAUGUAUCUCUUGUAAGAAUUAGCCGGGCUUUAGAGAAGUCUAUUUUGACUCCACCACCGCCACCGCCACCUCCGCCAUAUCCAAGGCAACGACGGCUCUGGGAAAAACCAGUUUCAUCAGUAUCUUUUGCACAACAGAUACCGAAGCCGGCUCCUCUUAUGCGACCUUCGAUGCGUUUUAUGACGCAAAACCCAAUUAAUAUUUCUCCAGUCGAGUUGAUAACAAGGUCUGAGUCUGAGGCAGUGGAGGAGGUGGAGGAGGAGGCUUCGAAACCCAAGCUAAAGCCAUUACAUUGGGAUAAAGUACGAGCCAGCUCUGAUCCCGAAAUGGUGUGGGAUCACCUCAAAUCAAGCUCAUUUAAGUUGAUUGAGGAGAUGAUUGAAACACUAUUCGUUGUUAACACGACAAAUUCUAAACCAAACCAAACAACUCCCUGCUCUGUUCUUCCAUCACCAAACCAAGAGAAUAGAGUGCUGGAUCCCAAAAAGGCACAGAACAUUGCAAUUUUGUUGAGGGCACUCAAUGUGACUGUCGAAGAAGUUUGUGAAGCCCUUUUAGAUGGUAAUGCAGAUAAACUUGGCCCUGAACUUCUUGAAAGUUUAUGGAAAAUGGCUCCGACAAAGGAAGAAGAACGUAAGUUGAAGGAGUACAAAGAUGAUUUACCAGUCAAGCUUGGUCCUGCUGAGAAAUUUUUGAAAACAGUUCUUGAUAUACCAUUUGCCUUUCAACGGGUGGAUGCAAUGCUGUACAUAGCCAACUUUGAGUCUGAAGUUGAAUACCUCAAAAAGACUUUCGAAACUCUAGAGGCUGCUUGCGAGGAAUUAAGAAACAGUAGGAUGUUUUUGAAACUUCUAGAGGCUGUGCUCAAGACUGGGAACCGCAUGAAUGUUGGGACAAACCGUGGUGAUGUCCAUGCCUUUAAACUUGAUACACUUCUUAAGCUUGUUGAUGUCAAGGGUGCGGAUGGGAAGACCACACUCUUGCAUUUUGUUGUACAAGAAAUUAUAAGAACUGAGGGUGCUUGUCUUUCGAACACUAACCAAACAUCAAGCUCCACUUUAAACGAAGAUGCUCGGUGUAGGAAGCUUGGUUUACAAGUUGUUUCUGGUCUCAGUUCAGAGCUCACCAAUGUGAAGAAAGCUGCUGCAAUGGAUUAUGAGGCACUUAGUGGUGAUGUCUUUAAGCUUUCUAGAGGCCUCGGAAACAUCAGCGAGGUUCUAAGAUUAAAUGAGACAAUGGGGCCGGAUGAGAGCAAAAAGAAAUUUUCAGAAUCAAUUAAUAGGUUUAUGAAAAUGGCCGAGAAGGGGAUUAUAAGGAUUCAAGCCCAUGAAAGUGUGGCUCUAUCUCUAGUGAAGGAGAUUACAGAAUGCUUCCAUGGGAACUCGGCAAAGGAAGAGGCCCACCCAUUUAGAAUCUUUAUGGUAGUGACGGAUUUCCUCACAGUUCUUGAUCGGGUCUGCAAGGAAGUUGGCAUGAUAAAUGAACGAACCAUUGUUAGUUCUGCCCAUAAAUUCCCAGUUCCAGUGAAUCCAACGAUGCAACUAAUUUUUCCAGUUCCAGUGAAUCCAACGCUGCCACAAGCUUUUCCUGGAUUUCACGGCGGGCCGCAGCACAGUUCUGAUGAUGAAACUGCAUCACCGCAGCUAUAUGCAGCUUGUCACAGGUCAAUAACUUUAGGUUGAAGCUGCCAUAAUUGGGUGGUUUCGGUUUAGAGCUUGUAUGGCCGGGCCAGCAAGGUCGUUAUAAUUUAUUUACUUAUUUUUGCAUCUGUAUAAAUCCAUGUAUAAUACUUUGAGAACCGUUUUGUUCUAUAGAUAAUGUAUACGAGAAGAGAUUUUCUUGGAAAAGAGCUAACUCAAUGGCAUUCUGCUGAAUUAGUUGGAUGUCUUGUAAUACACAAGUCUUUGUUAUAGAAGCCUGGUUAUCCAUUUUUCAUGCAAUGUUUGGAAAGGAUUCUCCAUUGAACAUAAAUUUAUUUCCCCUCACAAUUUUAAAUACAACACAAUACAAGGACGAAAGACACGAAGAAAACAAUCCAAUUUAGAAUUUUAAUAAAAACCAUAUAUAUGUUAAGUAAAAAUAAAAUAAUAAAA